AUGUCCUACUCUGAUUUAGGACAUAAGUUGGAACAGGAUUUCAAGUAUAAUAACAAUGUCGAGCAGGCAGAUGUCUAUAUACGCAUGGGUGGGUAUCCGCAAUACCGUUUAACCUGUCUAGGUUUCCUUCGCAAACUGUACUCGAUCUUGGCUGUGCAGCUUCUUGUCACAGUUACUACGGGGGCGAUCAUGUUUCCCUUUAGGAGCGAGAUAGCUGCCAUCCUUUUGCAAAAGUAUCAAACUCCACUUAUUCGUUCACCUGUAGUUCAUUUGCACCAAUAUGCCUUGUAUUGGCCUCCUUCGCAUUGCUAAUCGCGAUGUACGCAAAACGUUACGAAAGCCCAGCCAAUCUUAUUUUAUUAUUUAGCUUCGUAAGUCUUCUGCUUCUUAUAUUAAUUCCUGCAUUUCAGACAGUCGUAGAGGCUUUGAUUGUGGGUAUGGUAGGUAAGUACUAUUGAUUUCUGUCAUUUCAGUUCUACCGUACCAAAAUUGACACUCUCCCCUUCCAGCUUGGGUGCCGUGGAAGAACCCUCUCAUUUCCUGUGUUCCUAUUUGUGACAGCUAUAUGUACUUGGUUUCCGUCAUACAUGAGAGAAUGAGCGCCUUGGUAAGGUGGUUAAUCAGACAUACUUACGUUAUGUAUGGGCAGGGUUAAAUCCAUCUUUUAGUAGACGUGGAUAUUCGGCAGGUGACGUUCUUUUAAAAUGAUUUAAUGCGCUGUGGCGUGUAAGUAGAUCCAAACUAAGUCCGAACCUCCGCGUGUAUUCUAUUCACGCUCUCACCGUUACGCCACAGUCCAUCCCAGCCAUGCUCGUUAAUGAGCAGCAAUUAUUCCUCCCCCUUACCUCAAUCUUUAACCGCAAAAGCCCUAACGUAUUCCGCAUGACAUUUUAAACUUAUUUAUUUAUUAUUUCGGUUAAGUCGUUCACUUCGACUCGUCAGUCGUUCUCCAAGCUCUUGUGAUCACGUCGGCCGUUGUUUGCGGUUUAACGGCCUAUACAAUGCAGUCAAAAAGGGAUUUCUCGUCAUGGGGCGGUUUACUGGGCUCCUUGCUGCUGGCCUUAGUCGUUGGCGGUCUGACUAAUGUAAGUUUGCAUUUUUGUCGUCCUCUUUAUCGUGACAAAAGACCGCUCGGGCGGAAAUCCUUUUCUAUUUCUACUGUACAAUUAUCUUCGGUGUCUUUUCUGACAAGGGGAUGUAGUAUCGAUAGUUAUGCUUGUCAGGUCUGUGCUCCGGCCAUUGUAAAUUGUGCUUUUUGAACCUUUUUGCCUGUUACGACCCACUAACACGUAAGGGAUGCUAAAAGCGUUUAAUUCCGUAUCUCGCAAUCGAUCUUGAUUGAACAAACUCGUUCCCUACGCUGCCGAAGUAGGCUACUGCCCACAGGCCUUAUGCAUUGUCCGAUGUGGCAUUUACUGGUAGUUGCCAAUAUACUCACAAAAGUUCUAAACAUGAAUGCACGGACACAAUGAGUUUCGGUAUUUUUGACACCGAAUGCGACCAUUUAGUAUGCAAGAUUUUGUUUUGUUGCGGGCAAAAUAGGAAGUACAUAAGUGUAAAAAUGUGCCUGGAAUUCAAUGGGAGUAAUUUUGCAACGAGUUUGUGCGUUGUACCUGUUUGCCAGGCAAUUACACUUCCGACUAGCAUAAUGUGUCUUUGAUUCACAACCCUAACUUCACCUCGGUAACUUGCCAGCGUCGUGACUCGCAAUGAUAGCAAAUUGUUCCACGCGUCCAGACUGACCAUCAAAUAAAUAAUUCCAAUAUUCCUGGCCUCGGGAAUGUGUUUUCUUGAGCCUAUGGCACUUGCGUUCACAAGACUCGCCGCUCGUUUUGGACCGAUUAAGUACACGUCUACUAAAUUACAGCUUUGUCACGUACUUUCUGAUCGCUUUCUUUCUGUUCUUAUAAUAAGCGGGAGAGUGCACUGUAGUGCUUUCUUCGCACUUUGACCGUCCUUCUGCUUGUUCUCCAUUUAAAUCAGCGCCUUUCUCUUCUCAACUGAAGUUCGAGCAUGCCUUUGGGCACAGGACUGAUUUUAAAUUCUUGACCCACGCAGCGGACACCGUAACGGCAUCUUAAUUUUUAUUGUGUCGGUUGCGAUUGGUGAUUAUUUAGUCGGUUUUGGAACCGGGAAUAUUCAGGAGGACAUGGUGCGCGUAAGCUCCCCAGUGUUGCCAGAUCCAAAGUUUGUAAUCUAAUGCGUAAAGUGAUGGUAGCGCGUGAAGUAUUAUCAAUUUUCAUAACGCGCAGCUUUGGCUUGCGAGCUUUUUACAGGUCACCAAUUCGCCAGAUCAGUUAUCUGUCAUCCCUUACGAUAUUGCCUCUUCGUGGUCUACGACUGCUUAUUCAUUUUACUAAGGAACCCAUCUGUUUCCCUUCAAGUCUGUUGAAAAUCGUUGCACUCUGUCAUCCACAUACUCAUUGGGCUGUUUGCAUUCAGGCUGACAGUGUUUCCUGAUUUUCCUAGUAGAUUUCGCUCCAGCUCAUAACCGACUCUACUGACUGCCGGAAUGUGCGGCGACUAGCUUGCCAGCUUAUUAGCAUCUUUUGUUCAGAAGCGGUUCCUCGAAUUUGCUGGUUUUUCUGAUGUCAUUGACUCAAAGAGUGGUGUUUAUGACGCAGACACAAUAACUGAUUCUAAAUAGCUGUUUCGUCCUCUGUCAGGUAUUGCGCUAGCAUAAACCGUAGUCAAUUUCCUAGUCCGUGCCUCCGCCACAUCAGACCUCGAGAAAAAAGACGAAAUGUAGAGAAUUCAUUUCUUUCGGGGCUAAGUUAUUAACAAUCGCUUUUGAAUUGUAGGCAAUAGUGAUGAUAGUGAACGCGUGCAUCUAUGAACACCACAAUUCCAACAUUUGGCCGCCCAUCUCUAUCUAACUACCGGUUCGGUGAGGAUUGCGCCACAAUUUGUGAUUGUAAUAGUUGGUAUCGCCGUUAUCGUUUGUGUGCCCAGCGUUUGGUUAACCGCCUACUACAGACUACCGACAAGAGUGGCUUUCGAAAAGCACGGAGAAACUUGGGUGGUUGUAGUAUUCGAAGAUGUAUAUUAUACCGUUUUUGCCCUGACAAGGGUUUAGGACGUGACCGGGGGUCUAUUUAGGCAAUGGUAUUCGAAGAAUUGAAGUCCAUAAAGCUUUGUAUUUUCGGUGAUUUUUUGCCUGCGAUUUUACAGGAGGCCGACUUCGGUCAGCUCGUGCGAAUAACUCGGGAAUUCAGUCCACAUUUACGAUUCGCAGCCGUUCAAGGCCUUCGACACUGACGGCUACGGCGUCGCCUUAGCUACGGAAGGAAAUGGCAGUGCCUCCUGAAGACUAUCAUGUCAACGAAACAACGAGACCCUUUGACUCUUACGCGUGGUCAUCUCGGCCAACGCAAUUCCCACGUGGACUUUGCUAUCCCGGAUUGUGGUCGACCGCGACCUAGUCCCUCCUGCUCAGCGUUUAGAGCGUUAACCAAGUGGCUAGCUGUACUCGGAUUCAAAUCCCGGAUCGAGAUUAGGCAUAGCUAGGUGACAACAAAUGCUGAACCGCCCAUUUUUGUCCGUAAUACCUCUCGGUGAGCUGUAAUACUGUGGAGUUGGAUGCCCAUUUUCGUCGAGAGGUUUUCAAGCGUUGGCUACGGUGGGUCAUAUGUAACAACACCAGUCAGAGAUCAACUAGUGGAACGCAUACUCAACAUAUUCGCGACGUUCACGUCGACGUGGAAAACAUUUAGUCUGAAGCUUCAUUUCUUCGGGUCCUGAAAAAUCGUAUGAGAAUAAUGUUAAGGGAACGAUUAUUAUCGUCAGGUGUACCUUGGAGAAACCGAAUUUCCUCGAGAGAUGUUUCUAAUUACGAAAAAUCGUGCAGACGACGACACGCAGUGUGCUGCGGGGGGCAAACGUAAGUCGAGAUCUCUUGGUCACUGUCUAAUCCCUCUUCUAAGAGGAGGGAAGCCACUACUGAAAAUCUGUCACUUUAAACGUUUUUAAUACAAUCUUCCCUAUCGAGCGCCUCCUCACCACCAAUCGUAGUUACCACUGCGUACUUCUACUUCAUUGCUUUCUGUCGAUUAGCUGCCAUUGUGCGGGCUCCUGUACUACCAAUCUUCUGUUGCUAUUUUAUCUGCAGCUGUUCUUCGGCUCACCUGCUCUACACCUGAUUCUCUCAAUUAGUGGGGCGGCCCUCUUCGCUUGCCUGCUGGUUUUUGACACCCACUUGAUCAUGAAGCGUUUCUCUGCGGAGGAGUACAUAGCUGCUUCGAUAACACUCUACUUGGACAUUAUAAACCUCUUCCUCUACAUCCUUCGUAUCCUCCAGGCGGCCGAAAACCAGUAG